AAGGCUACUAAGUACACAUAGCUUAUAUCAGAGGCUUAAAAGGAAAUUGAUUAUGGGGCUGUUGUCGAGAAAAGUCACGUGCAAUUCUCAUGGACAAGAUUCUUCUUACUUCCUAGGAUGGCAAGAAUACGAGAAAAACCCAUACCAUGAAGUCAACAACCCUCAAGGAAUUAUUCAAAUGGGUCUUGCAGAGAAUCAGCUAUCGUUUGAUCUGCCUGAGUCAUGGUUGGCUAAGAACGCAGAUGCAGCUGGUUUUAAGAGAGAUGGGCAAUCCAUAUUCAAAGAGCUUGCUCUUUUCCAAGAUUAUCAUGGCCUCCCUGCAUUCAAAAAAGCAUUGGUUGAUUUCAUGGCUGAAAUCAGAGGGAACAAAGUAACUUUUGACCCAAAUCACAUUGUUCUUACCGCCGGUGCAACUUCCGCUAAUGAAACUCUCAUGUUUUGUCUCGCUGAACAAGGCGAUGCUUUCCUCCUUCCGACCCCGUAUUAUCCAGGAUUCGAUAGAGACCUGAAAUGGCGAACUGGGGUUGAAAUUGUACCCAUCCAAUGUACCAGUUCUAAUCGCUUCCAAAUCACUGCACCUGCCCUUGAAGAAGCUUAUCAACAAGCUCAAAGAAAGAACCUGAGGGUGAAAGGGGUGUUAGUCACCAACCCCUCGAAUCCAUUGGGCACAACCAUGAGAAGAGACGAAUUGGAUCUUCUCAUUAACUUCAUCACGGACAAAGAAAUUCAUUUAAUCAGCGAUGAAAUUUACUCUGGAACUGUUUUUAGCUCCCCAGGCUUCGUUAGUAUCAUGGAGGUUUUAAAAGAUCGAAGCCUCGAACAAACUCCUGUCUGGGAAAGAGUUCAUAUCGUUUACAGUCUUUCGAAGGAUCUAGGUCUCCCUGGUUUUCGAGUUGGUGCAAUUUACUCCAACGAUCCCAUUGUUGUGGCCGCCGCCACAAAAAUGUCCAGCUUCGGCCUAGUUUCUUCUCAAACACAGUACCUUCUGUCUGCCAUGUUAUCCGAUAAGAAGUUCACGAAAGAAUACAUGGCCAAAAACCACAAGCGGCUUCAAAAGCAACAAAGCAAGCUAGUUUCCGGUCUAGAAAAAGCCGGCAUCGGUUGCUUAGAAAGCAAUGCGGGGCUGUUCUGUUGGGUCGACAUGAGACACCUUUUGAGCUCCAACACAUUUGAAGCCGAAAUGGAGCUUUGGAAGAGAAUAGUUUACGAUGUUAAGCUGAAUAUUUCUCCUGGUUCUUCAUGUCAUUGCAGUGAACCAGGGUGGUUCCGAGUUUGCUUCUCUAAUAUCUCCGAAGAUACACUUAAACUCGCCAUGCAACGCUUGAAAUCCUUUGUUGAUUCCAUCGCCAUUAACGACCAAAGCCACCAAGAGUUGAAGAACUCAAGGAAGAAGUUCCGCACGAAAUGGGUUUUCCGGCUAUCGUUUCAAUCAUUCCAUGAUCGGGAGCAAGAUGAACGAUAAGUCUGGCCAAAAUUAUACCAGUAUGAACACAUUUGUUCAUAUUGAAAAUUAUUUUUAACUUUUUCAGAGAUUUUUUUCUUCCUUUGAAUAAAUUUGUCCAAAGUAAUUAUUUCUUUAAUUGUAGACAAAGAAGAAACUGCACUCAAUCCGUAUGUGGUUUUGAAGUGUGUUUAGUUUCAUUACUUUGUAAAAUUUAAGUUAGCACUUGGCAUGAAAAUCUUCUUGAAUUUACAA